AUGCCAGGGUCACAAUACAAUUUCUCGUCUUAACCUAUACUUCUUCCUACCCGUAUAACAAUGUCUACGGAUCAAGUCGACGUCUCAUUCAAGGUCCUCAGUCUCCUUAGCAAAGAGCGCGCCGUCUACGGCUUGCGAAAUGGUGACCAUGAGCGAUACAGACGACACUGCUCCAACAAGGUCCAUCGACUUCGCCAAGUUACCGGUACCACUUGUGGGAAAAAGACAUACAAGGCGCCUUCCAAAAUAGAAGUCGAGAGCGUCAAGGAUGUUCGUCAACUUCAGCUGUUGUUAUUCUUAGCCGAACGAGCUCUCGCUCACUCUCACGAGCUUAAAAAGAACAAAAACCAUUCAAAGAAGGACCAGCUCUCUUGGCUCAGACAAGCCUUCAAAGUCUCUACCCAGCUCUACUUUUUGGUCCAAUCUCUUUCCGCGUCAUCCUCAGACCUUCCCGGUCGCGUGGAUGCUAAGACUCUCGGGGAGAUCACUAUCUACCAUCUCACCAUCCGUUCGGAAUUGUCAUUUGAAAAGUCUAACUGGAUCGAGUCGCUCACCGACCUUGCCUGCCGCCGAAAGCUGCUCACGACUCUUGGAGAAGGCGCCAAGGACUCUUAUGAUGAAGCUCUUGCCAAUGAGUUUAUCGACUCCCACGAUCCUUUGAUUAGGUAUUGCGCCUACAAGCUCGGUCGAGCGGAGUCUCACGAUAUUGAAGGUGUCAUGGCCGAUAUCGAGCCCGAAGUCCUCGAGGAGGCUCUUCCUGGGAUGUCGCAGCUUCUUGAAAGUUUGAGGACGGAGACUGGUGUGGAGGAGAUGGAGGAAGGUAGGAGAAAGCUGGAGGAUGUCGAGUUUGCAGGUGAAAAAGUCGAGUUGCGAAAUGCGGAGAUUGUAGGUGUGAUGGUGCGUGUGCAGGAUGCGCUCUCCAAAUUGGGCGAUGGUAAAAGUAAAGGUGCUAGGGGUAUGAAGCGAUGGGAUCGCGUUCUUAGUGUGCUUGGAGAGGCUGAGGGCGUUGCUCGAAAAUUGCUCGAGGAUAACGAAGCCAACGGUGCCUCUUCUUCCCUUCGAUCAACGAGAACCGCGCAGUCCCUCGCCCUUGCCCACCAGUACAUUAUCUAUCUCCUCCUUACCCACCGGAUCCGUCGAGAUCUUGCUUUGGUAGAAACCCUUUCCUCAUCUCCUGUGCCCAAAGACCCGACUCAGUUUAAGGUACAGGGCGGAAAGGCUAAGUUGGAAGAGGCUGUUAAGACUCUUGGAGCGGUUGUCAAGCUUUAUGGCACUAUGUUGCAGAGCCUGAAACAGGCGGCCGAGCUCAGUGUGGUUCAAGAGAAGGAGGGUGUGAGAAGCGGUGUUGAGGGGCUGGAAGCCUACUUCCAUGCCAUCAGAUGCUACAACCUCGCUCGUUUACAUUGCAUCCACCCCGACCCUUCAUACUCUUCCGCUGUUCAGCUCCUCUCCAAUGCUUCCCUCUCUCUUCGUCAAGCUCAAGAUUUCCUCGCUUCUCCCGUCGACGAACCUAUCGUCUCCGUCCCUGCCGAAGACCUUUCUUCUCUCUCCAAGAACAUCAGCGCCCUCGAAAAGGCUUCCAAGAGGGGACUCUUCGGCCGGUCUGUUGAAAAGCCCGUCUUUUUCGAUAUGGCUUUCAACUAUAUUGACCUCCCUAUUGAUGAACUGCAGCGCUUGGCGGGUAAUGGAGAAAAGGUACAGGUGGCUACUGUAAAGACGCAAGAGAAGGAGGUGGAGAUAAAGCCUGUGGAGAAUAUGAAGAAGAGCAGAGAUAGCAGGGAGACAACUCCUGCGGUGGAUAGUCAAGAAGAGAAGCAGGAGGGCAAGAAGGGCUGGUUGGGCGGUUGGUUCGGAAGAAAGUAGUAAAAAAAAGAGUAUCUCGGGAUAUAGUAAAUGCAUGGAUGUAAUAUAUUAU